UUCUAUCGCUCGCAGACAGACGUAUAGUUCGACUGUUAAGACUUAGAAUCAACACUCUGGAUUCCGCAGACGUCUCAUCUCACGACUUCUUGUGUAGUUCUAUCAAUAGCCCAGGGGUCACCAGAUCUCCACCACAUUCGCUUAGAACAAAUAUAGGCACAUUCAGGGACCGAUACGACUGGUAUAGGAACUCGCGAAAGAGCCAAUCAGAUCGUUUGACAAGACCUAGAGAGCCCGUCCGUGAUACAUUUAUUGCAGUAGUAAUUAUAGGGUUAAAAAUAGUUCACACAAAGACCCUCAUUGUAAACAAGAGCUAAUUUGGCAACUCAUCUACAGCCGCAAUAAACAUCACUCCAAUUACUGCGUGAUACCAACACCACUGCUACAUACUUCUGCUAUAGACCACUAUCGUCGACGUACCGUCAGUCUGUGUGAACUUCAUCAGUCAUUCCCACUGCGUACAAUCUAUAUACUCGCACUAUUUCAUACUAGGUAAACAAACAAGUGGGACCACAGUGUUUGAUCAGUAUAAAUCAUAUUCAAAAUAUUAAGCACUGCUAUUAUCCAUUCGUUAAUAUCACUACCGUACCGUCCAUCAAUACCAUCUCCAUUGGUAUAAAACAUAUCACCGUUCCAUCCCAUUAACAUUUUAUUUGGCAAUACUACCUAAAGGAUAUUGCUAUAUUAUCAUUAUAUUAAUAACCAUUAAAAAUGGCCAGAAGAGAUCUCACAUACAACGAGCCCAAGACGGGAACAAAUGCAGACAAUCCGUUUGAGUCUACGGAGGCCGACUCUUCAUCGCUUGAAUCGCGUCAGCCAUCUACAAAUUCACUGUCUUACUCCAGCAGUCCUACAGACCAAAUGAAUACACAAUACGGACGUCCUUUCCACACUUUUCUCAAUGGUAGUGGAGGCAGUCACAGUGGAACGAAUCUGAUGUCGCAGCUGUUGUCGCAACCUCAGCCUUCUACUAUCGUUCCCUCUGAAUACGACAGAUACCCCACUAUGGCUGGUUCCAGGGUGGUGUCGCUGUCGUCGUUGCAGAAUUUGAACAAGAUGGCAGUGCUGAAGAACGAUGGCGAUUCUUCACUGGUUUCGUCUGGACCUUUGUCUUACGACUUUAGCCCAUUUGGAGGCUAUCCAGCGUCGUCUUUCCCGCUCUACAUCGACGAAAAGGAGCCAGACGAUUACUUGCACAAUCCAGAUCCAGUCAAAGAUGCCGAAUAUGACAAAAACCGAUUUGUAUACGAUUUGAAAACCUUGGAUAAGCGUGCUUUGGGGGGCUUGCUAGGCGUAAUUUUCUUACUCGUGGCUGCGAUUUGUGUUUUUGUGGUUUUGCCUGUUCUCACCUUUUCGAGAGCUGGGGUCCACUAUACGCCCGAGGAGUACGAGAUAUUGACGCAUUACCAAUAUCCUUUGCUUAGUGCCAUCAGAACCAAUCUAGUAGACCCAGAUACUCCUUCUGAUGCUCUCACAAUAAAGGCACAAGAUGGAUCCAACUGGUCACUUGUUUUCAGUGAUGAAUUCAAUGCAGAAGGCAGAACCUUCUAUGACGGGGACGAUCAAUUCUUUACUGCUCCGGACUUGCACUACGAUGCUACUAAGGACUUGGAAUGGUACUCUCCGGAUGCUGUUUCCACUCAGAAUGGAACCUUGAACUUGCGCAUGGAUGCCUUCAAAAACCACGACUUAUUCUACAGAUCUGGGAUGCUCCAGUCUUGGAACAAAUUCUGUUUCACGCAGGGGAGAAUCGAGUUGUCUGCCAGGUUGCCCAACUAUGGUGAUGUCUCGGGCCUCUGGCCAGGGAUGUGGACUAUGGGCAAUUUGGGUAGACCUGGUUAUUUAGCAACUACGUACGGUGUUUGGCCCUACGCAUACGACGAAUGUGACGCAGGAAUAACCUACAACCAGUCGUCACCGGAUGGGAUUUCGUACUUACCUGGUCAGAGAUUAAACAAGUGUACUUGUUCAGGUGCUGACCAUCCCAAUCCCGGUGUAGGGAGAGGAGCUCCAGAAAUCGAUGUUAUCGAAGCUGAAGUUGCCACAGACAAGAACCAUGUCAACCCCAACAUCGGUGUAGCCUCGCAAUCGAUGCAGAUCGCUCCAAUGGAUAUCUGGUACUAUCCCGAUUACGACUUUAUAGAAGUUUACAAUGCUUCGGUCACUUCUAUGAAUACCUACACUGGAGGUCCGUUCCAGCAAGCUAUUUCUGGAGUCACGAAUUUGAACAUUUCCUGGUACGAAAGAGGUGCUUAUGGCCACAACUUCCAGUACUAUGGCUUUGAGUAUCUCAAUGACGACAAGGAUGGCUAUGUCACCUGGUUUGUGGGCAAGGAUCCUACCUUCACUCUCUUCGUAAAUGCUUUGCACCCUAACGGAAAUGUAGGCUGGAGACAGAUCUCCAAAGAACCAAUGUCCAUAAUCAUGAAUUUUGGUAUUUCCAACAAUUGGGCUUACAUAGAUUGGCCAUCCUUAGUCUUCCCUGCUACUUUCCGUAUUGACUACGUUAGAGUCUAUCAGCCUCCUGAUCAAGUCAAUGUAGGAUGUGAUCCAGAAGAUUAUCCUACUUAUGACUAUAUCCAAAGUCAUUUGAAUAUUUACAGCAAUGUCAACUUAACUAAGUACGAGGAUGGGGGCUACACCUUCCCAAAGAACAAAAUAGUGGGAUGCUAGACAUUUUUAUACGCAAUGGUUUACUUUAUGUAUUAUUGGUCGGAUGUGGUCUUAUAUUUUGUUUUUCUGGUUUUAGUUCUGUUCGUUUGAUUUACGAAAAAUUAAUAUAUUUCAUUGGUUUC